UCCUCAUCUCAGACAUUCAGGUAAAUAUUCAGUCAGGCUGAUCUUCUUCCAGCUGAUUUUUCAAUUAUUAAUACAACAAAGUGGGAUUAGUGGCUGCUGCCCCCAAACAGAUAUUCUGACUGUGAUGCAUCAGGAGAAAACACCUCUUACCACAUUUGGUUCAUGGAAACAGAUGAAACAAACUGGAACAGUGAGAAAAUGGUCUUCAUCCUCCUGCUUCUCUACCUGACCUGUGUCUGUGGAGAGUUAAGAGAGAAAACAACUUUCUAUCAGGCAGAGGAGGACGACAACAUCACCAUCAGAUGGGACAGCCAGAACCAAACAGACAUGUCUCUCACCAACAUGAUCUGUUUUCUUAUCUCAAAGCAUUUUAUAGUUUUCUAUGAACUGAUUGAUGGUGUUGAGCUUCCAGAGUCUCAGCAUCAGCAGUUUUCAGGACGAGUUCAGUGUGACAGAGAUGCUCUCAGAGAAGGACGAGUCACACUUCAUCUGUCCAGAGUCACAGCUGAAGACUCUGGAAGUUACCGAUGUAAAAUGGUUAAUCAUAACAAGAACUUAAGGCGAUGGGAGCUUCAGGCUGAGUUACGUUUUGUUCUGAAUGUGACUCCAACAUCUCAUGAGGAAAGUAUUGUGUCUCCCAUCACAAGAAAGCCUGGAUUUGUCAUUAUUCAAGGUGCAACACACAGAGAGAGUGUACUAUCGAUUGUUGUGACACUGCUCAUAUUGAUAUUAGUUGCACUUGUCUGUGGAAUUAUUCUACGUGUUUUAAAAACUGCUUAUGCUUGCAUAAAUAAGACAGAUAUCCGUGAGAGAGAGAGAAAGAGAGAGAGAGACAGCGUCGUCAUUGUGCUGCUGUUACAAAUCGCCAACGUACUUCAUUCGCAUGACUCGGACCCGGAUAAAAACGCAACUGUUUCAGAUGUUUAAGAAUAAUUGUCAACAUUAAACACUGACAGAUGUUAAAAUUCUCUCCUGAUAAUUUAGCUUCAGUCUGUAACAUUUAAUUAUAUAAAGACUUCCAGCUGUCAGACGGUCAGUUUUCUUCUUCUCUGAUCAGGUUUGUCGGCUUCAUCCCGACAGAAACAGCUUUCUUUCAUUAAGUGGGAGUUGAUGAGACAAACUCUCCUGUACUUUAUGUAAACCUGUUAUUCAGUAGGAGUGAAACUAUGUAAUCCAUCAGAGUAACGUGUAAUAAUAUUACUUGUGAUCAUGAAGAGUCUGAAAUGUACAGCUCAGUCUCACCACUUUUAUUUCUCUAAUUCUAACAAAAUCAGAAAGUUUGACACAAAAUCUUUUGAGAACAUUUUUAUGUCAUGACAUUUUUUGUAAAAUAUUGAGUCCAUGACUCAGUAUGUGUUACUCUGUGUUUGUGUAUAUUUAAAUGUGUGUAUUACUGUCAGGUCUGAUGGUCCAUCACAGUGAACAUCAGCUCUCAUCAUGUGCUCCAGCUUCACAGCUGUGUCAUCAUGUAAGUCAAAGGUCAGACUGAUCCUGCUUUCUGACUCCACAACAACACAAGUGAAGCAUCAGGACCAGACAUGAGAAGACUCUGGUCCAGGAAAUCCACACUGUGGAUCAGGUUGUAGCUGAGAGGAAACAGCAGAGAGGAGCUUUAAUAACACUGAGACACGAGAAGGAACUGGAACCACAGGAGUUUGUAUUUAAUAUCUCCAUGAAGCACUUUUAUUCUGAACGUUGUCAAAAACUUUUUAAACUUCUUGAUAAAAUGUACAAUUUUUCAAAGCUCAAAAUAUGUAGUAAGUAGAAUAUUGUACAGGUUAUAUAAAGCUGCAGAGACGUUGAGGACUGUUUUUUACAGAUCCAGAUUUUAUUCUGGUAGUUAAUGUCAACAUUGUUUUUAUUUUGUGUGUGUGUGUGUGUUUUAUAUCAUACCAUAAAAGCUAUUUUUUUACUGA